GUCGCUGCAAAAAGCCACCACAAGUCGGGCUGGGUUUAAAGAGAAGCUCCUGCUGGAUGAGCCGACAGCCAGAACCCAGCAGAACCUCCUGCCCGUUGUGGGACUCUCCGGUUCUGGGUGUCACGGAACGAUGGACAGCUAGCGGGCAGUCAGCAGCUAGCUGCGGCGAGAGCUAGCUAACGAUCCGGCUAGCUCCGGCAGCCGGGGCGACGAGCACCUAACUCGGCUUUUUUUUUUUGCCCUUUUUGACGCCUGUUUUCGUGCCAUGCCAUCGAACUUCCAACCGAGCUAGGAGGCCGAUGGGUCCUGCAGAGUGAGGAGCUCCGAGCCGAGCCGAGCUGAGCCGUGCCGGGAGCAGCAGCAGCAGCUUGGUGCCGCUCCGAUCCAGUGGACCGUGCGUGGGUUCGGUUAGUGGAGGAUGGCCUUUCACGGCGCAGGCCGGCAGACCGUGUGUGGAGAUCUGUUCCCGGGCUCCGAGCUGGGCCACAAGUACUUCUGUGUCAACUCCUCCUGCGGAGCUCCAUCCACGGGCCUCAGCGCCACGCCGUGCCUGACCGGACCCACCGCCCCGGCCGGGACCCCCCGUCACCCCACGGCUCUCGGAGGCAGCGCCGGCGGCGGAGCGGCGGUGCCUCAACCCUACAGCAACCCGGCCAGCGAGGUGCCGAGCCCCGCAGAGAUGGAGCCGGACCGGCCCAUCGGUUAUGGCGCAUUUGGAGUCGUCUGGUCGGUGACUGAUCCUCGCGACGGUCGAAAAGUGGCUCUGAAGAAGAUGCCGAAUGUCUUCCAGAACCUGGUCUCCUGUAAAAGGGUCUUCAGAGAGCUGAGGAUGCUGUGCUUCUUCAAACACGACAAUGUUCUGUCGGCUCUGGACAUCCUGCAGCCUCCGCAGAUCGACUGCUUCGAGGAGAUAUACGUGAUCACGGAGCUGAUGCAGAGCGACCUCCACAAAGUGAUCGUGUCUCCUCAGCCUCUAACCACCGACCACAUCAAGGUCUUCCUCUAUCAGAUCCUCAGAGGUUUGAAGUACCUUCACUCUGCGGGGAUCCUGCACAGAGACAUCAAACCUGGAAACCUGCUGGUCAACAGCAACUGUCUGCUCAAGAUCUGUGACUUCGGCCUGGCCCGUGUGGAGGAGCCCGACCCGUCGCGUCACAUGACCCAGGAGGUGGUGACUCAGUACUACAGAGCUCCGGAGGUUCUGAUGGGCUGCCGGCACUACGGAUCGGCCAUCGACGUCUGGUCAGUGGGCUGCAUCUUCGCAGAGCUGCUGGGACGGAGAAUCCUCUUCCAGGCUCAGAGCCCCAUUCAGCAGCUGGAUCUGAUCACAGAUCUGCUCGGGACGCCUCCUCUGUCCGCUCUGGCUUCAGCCUGCGAAGGAGCUCGAGCUCAUAUCCUGAGAGGUCCUCACAAACCGCCGUCGCUGUCGGUUCUCUACAUGUUGUCUGAUGGAGCCACACAUGAAGCCGUUCACCUGCUCUGUAGGAUGCUGGUCUUUGAUCCG